AUGCAGUAGUUUCAUUAAAAUUCCCUUUCUCCAUUAAUUAUAAUUGGUGAUGUCGAUAAUCUAGAUGAUGAUUUAAAGUCUAAACAAUCUCCUGAAAAAUCUCCAUCCUACUUAGAUUUCAAUAAUUAAAAAAAAGAAAAUACUGAGAAAAAAGAAAAUAAUUUAAUGAUUAAGAAAUUCAGCAAGCAUUCCUCUGAUUUUACAGAUUUGUUAUACUUAUGGAAUGAUUACCUAAGAAAUAAGUUUGAAAAACACAACAGACUUCAAUGA